UCCAGGAACAGGUCCAGGCUUUUCAAAAUUUCCGAUCUCUAGUGCAUUCUUUGUUUAUUUAAAAUUUCGCGUGUGUUCGGUUUCUCUUCGAAUUCAUCAAAUGUCUGAGGAAUAUAUUGUAGCUGAAUUUGAUUACCAAGCUCAAGAAGACCAGGAACUUUCAUUAGUCAAAGGAGAGAGGCUUGUAUUGAUUGAUGAUAAUAAACUUUGGUGGAAGGCACGCAAUAUGCAUGGAGAUGUUGGAUUUGUACCGAGUAAUUAUGUCAGGAAAGAAGCAAGUAACAAAAACAACAACAAUGCUGAAGCCUUUGCUUCGUCUGAUCGAAGAGAAAAUGUGUUAACCAUGGCAACCGUCUUGUUUAACUAUACGCCUCAAAGAGAAGACGAACUUCCACUUAAGAAAGGUACAAAGCUUGUAGUUUUGGAUAAAUCUUCGGAUGGUUGGUGGAAAGGUGAAGAAAAAUUUGGAAAUUUUCGGAAAGGUUGGUUUCCUUCAAAUUAUGUAAAGGAAGAAGAAAUUGGUGGAAAUGAGGAAAGGGAAGAGGAGAUUGAAGAAAAAAGUGUGAAAAAUGGGCAGAGACACCAGAAGCAACAGGUUGGGAGAGGACAACAACAACAAAAUGAACAUUUGAAGCAAAUUUCAAAAAAAGUUUUGGAGAUUGUUAUUUGCCUCUAUUCCUUCGAAGCGCAAAGCUCUCAAGAAUUGUCUUUUUCGAAGAAUGAAAGACUGGAUAUUUUGGAACAUCCAAUUGAUGAUCCAGAUUGGUGGUUAGCUAGAAACCAAUGUGGUCAGACAGGACUCGUCCCAACGAAUUAUAUUGAAAUAGUCGAAAGAAACCCUUUAAGAAGUGCAUUUGAAAAUUUACAUCCAAAUAACAACAAGUCUUCAAUUUCACCAUCUUCAUUUGCAUCAUCUCCCCAGCCUUGCAGCGGUGUCUAUAUUGGGAAUAGUAAUAAUCAAAAUACAAAUUUUGAUCAAUUGAGUGGGCCAUAUUCUCGACAGCCGUGGUAUUAUGGACACAUAACAAGAGAACAAGCAGAUUUAUUAUUAAAACAAAGAGGAAGUGAAGGAGAUUUUUUGGUGCGAGACAGUGAAUCAAUGCCUGGCGAUUUUUCUAUAUCCUUGAGGGAUAGCCAAAGAAACAAACAUUUUUGGAUUCAUUAUGAUUCUGCUAGUGGACAAUUUAAUAUUGGAAAUAAAAAAUUUAAUUCUAUGGAGGCGUUGAUUAUUUACUACAUGAGUCAACCAAUUUUCAGUGACAACGAUGUUAAUUUAUUUCUUAGGAAGCCUUUACCAAAAUAAUUAUUUUUUGUUUAUACAAAUUCUUUGGAUAUAUUGGACAUUAUAUUUAUUUCUUUUGUUUGGCUCAGA